ACCCCCAACCCGGUGCCACUUCUUACAGUCCAAACAUCCGAUUCCACGUCAAUAGAAGGCACUUGGAUUGCACAUUUUAGAACUUUUUCACCUACAGGCAUAUGCUAGCAAAACUUACGGGCUUCCUGGCCUCUGACAGACAUUUAGACAACAUUUAUUGAGUUUCUGUAAGUGUUAGAACCUAACAGCCAGGACGCUACAUUCACCCGACUUCACAGAACUUAAAAUUUUAUUGUGCUACUUUAUUCUGGAGCUCAGAAAUGAAGUACGUCUUCGGCAAAGACAUGGAGGCAGAAGACUGAGCUUUGAAAAUAUGUAUUUGGGAGAUAAUCACGUUCUGUUGAAUACCUUGUGCUGGUGCUGCCAUCGAAAAAUCUGGUUACAGUCUGGGGAGGCCUGCUACCAUUGCAGGACUGAACCGCCUCGGCCCUGAGAUGAGUGUCCCGACAGAGCAGGCGCACGCACCAUGAAUAGAUACACAACGAUCAAGCAGCUUGGGGAUGGGACCUACGGCUCUGUCCUGCUGGGGAGAAGCAUUGAGUCUGGAGAACUGAUUGCCAUUAAAAAAAUGAAAAGAAAGUUUUACUCCUGGGAAGAAUGCAUGAACCUUCGGGAGGUUAAGUCUUUAAAGAAGCUUAAUCAUGCCAAUAUCGUAAAGUUAAAAGAGGUUAUCAGGGAAAACGACCAUCUUUACUUUAUCUUCGAGUACAUGAAGGAAAACCUUUACCAGCUCAUUAAAGAAAGAAAUAAGUUGUUUCCAGAGUCUGCUAUAAGGAAUAUAAUGUACCAGAUAUUGCAAGGACUGGCAUUCAUUCACAAACACGGUUUCUUCCACCGGGACUUAAAACCCGAGAACCUCCUCUGCAUGGGACCAGAACUUGUGAAAAUCGCCGACUUUGGAUUGGCUCGAGAAAUCCGAUCAAGACCUCCGUACACAGACUAUGUGUCUACUAGAUGGUACAGGGCUCCAGAGGUACUGCUGAGAUCCACCAACUACAGCUCCCCCAUUGACAUCUGGGCGGUAGGCUGCAUCAUGGCGGAGGUGUACACGCUCCGGCCCCUUUUCCCUGGGGCCAGUGAAAUUGACACAAUUUUCAAAAUUUGCCAAGUGUUGGGAACACCAAAGAAGACUGACUGGCCUGAAGGCUACCAGCUGUCAAGUGCUAUGAAUUUCCUCUGGCCCCAGUGCAUACCCAAUAACUUAAAGACUCUAAUCCCAAAUGCUAGCAGCGAAGCCAUUCAGCUCCUGAGAGACUUGCUUCAGUGGGAUCCCAAGAAACGACCAACCGCUAGUCAGGCUCUUCGAUAUCCUUACUUCCAGAUCGGACACCCACUGGGCAUCAUCAGCAAGGACUCAGGAAAACCACAGAGAGAGGUCCAGGACAAGACAGGCCCUCCUCCUUACAUCAAGCCAGCCCCUCCUGCCCAGGCCCCGGCCAAGGCAUAUACGCUGAUUUCUUCACGACCAAGCCAAGCCAGUCAGCCCCCUCAGCAUUCUGUGCACCCCUACAAAGGCGAUGUCUCUAGGACUGAGCAGCUGAGCCAUGUUCAGGAGGGCAAGCCAAGCCCUCCAUUCUUCCCAUCCCUCCACAAUAAGAAUCUUCAGCCAAAAAUCCUAGCCAGCCUGGAACAGAAAAAUGGUGAAAUCAAGCCAAAGAGCAGGAGAAGAUGGGGUCUCAUCUCCAGGUCGACAAAGGGUUCUGACGACUGGGCCGACUUGGAUGACUUAGACUUCAGUCCCUCUCUCACCAGGAUAGAUGUAAAAAACAAGAAGAGACAGAGUGAUGACACCCUCUGCAGGUUUGAAAGUGUUCUGGACCUGAAGCCAUCUGAGUCAGUGGGUACAGGAACCACUGUCUCCACGCAGGCUUCCUCGCAGAGGAGAGACACGCCGACCCUGCAGUCCUCAGCAAAGCAGCACUACUUGAAGCACUCUCGCUACUUGCCUGGAAUAAAUAUAAGAAAUGGCGUGCUCCCAAAUCCAGGCAAGGACUUUCUUCCAUCAAAUUCAUGGUCCAGUUCCGGCUUGUCUGGAAAAUCUUCAGGAACAGUAUCAGUAGUGAGCAAAAUAACUUCAGUUGGCUCAGGCUCUGCGAGCUCUAGUGGACUGACUGGAAGCUACAUUCCUUCCUUUCUGAAAAAGGAAAUCGGUUCUGUCAUGCAGAGGGUUCAGCUGGCGCCCCUCGCAGCCCCUCCCCCCGGCUACUCUUCCCUCAAGGCCGUGAGACCUCACCCGGGGAGGCCUUUCUUUCACACCCAGCCCAGGAGCACGCCCGGCUUGAUCCCCCGACCUCCAGCUGCUCAGCCUGUGCACGGCAGGAUAGACUGGUCUUCCAAGUACCCAUCCCGGCGGUGACUGUCCCGGCCACGGGCCGUGCUCCUCAGCUGGCUCCAUUGUACCCGCACAACCACGAGGCGGUGUAAAACAACCCACACUUACAGCUGUUCUGAACUAAUACAUUUCAAUAUUUCUUUUAAAUUUUUUUUAAAACAUUGAUUUGAAUGCAAUACCCUCUUUUUGUAUAAAAUUAUUUUAUUCUAAAACCGGGUCUCAUUAUUUUCUUAAACAACAGCAUUUUGUAUAUAUGGAUUAUGUUUUAGCAUUUUAUACAGUCAACUUUGUAAUGAACUUUUUAAAGAUUAAGUGAUUUUUUGUUCAUUGUUCCAUGUAAUAUUUUAUACAGAUUUUGAAAUAUGUAAUAAUAUUGAUUCAGUAUUGUGACAGGGUGCAGUUUAAGACAGUGGGAUACAAGAUAAUUUACUUGAUAUAUUUGAAUUUUAUGGAGUGGCCCAUUCGGUACUCUAGGCUCUCUUAGACUGGUCUUCGGAAGGUGGUCUGCUCACUGCUUUUCUGAACAGCUUGUAUUGAUUGUUCUGGGGGUGGAAGUUGUUUUGUUGUUUUGAGACAGGGUCCUAUGUAGCCCAGACUGGCCUCCCACUCACUAUGUCGCUGAGGAUAGCUUUGAACUUGGGAUCUUCCUGUGUCUACCUGCCUGAGUGCUGGGAUCGCAGGUGUGUAAGCCAUGCUUGGUUUUACCCUGGGCUUUGUACAAGCCUCCCAGCCCUGAUCCUAUCUUUUAUACGAUUGUCUUUCAUACAACGGUUCUGUCCUAAACUAUCGCUUUCUUUAGACAUUUUACUUUAUUUUUGCCCCCAAAACAAAGAACUUUUCAUAACUAGUUGGUGAAAUUUUAUUACACUCACAAACACAGCUGCAAAAAAUCCAGAUAAACCCAGGCAUAAUCAUUCGAGACAGCACAGUCCUACUUCUUUGUUGCUUUGUAUUGGUUGACAUCUCUGCUGGCCUCUGCCUUCACCAGCCCACACCUGUGGGUGGGGAUGGGGAUGAAGGGGCUGAGUAGGACAGCCAUGGGCAGACAGAGAGAUGGCAGAGUUGUAGUCACCUGUUGCUCUGGUGAGCUUUUUUUUUUUUGGUUCCCUGGGGCCUACCAGCCAGGACCUACCUACCCACAGAACUGCCAGCCAGCCUCCCUCAGGCCCCACCGAGCCACAGAGGCAGGGUGGGGAGCUUGCAGCCCAUCGAAGGUGUCUCCACCUGCACCCCUCUAGCCAGAGAGGAGGCUCCCUCCCACCCCUGCGGUCCAUACUUUUUUUCCAUUUUUAAAAAUACCCAGGCUGGAGAGAUGACUCAGCCAUUCCAGUUCCAAGGGAUCCGACGCCCUCUUCUGGCUUCUGUGGGCACAUGCACUCGUGUAUAUAAUUGCCACUGACAGGGACACAUACAUGUAAAAUCUUUAUAAAAAUCUAAUUGUUAAAAAUCCCUUAAAAGGGAAGCUUUCUUAUGUCAAAAGUACCUUUUUUAUUAUUUUUAUUAGGAUUUCUGAUUGCUUUAAUGUAAAAUUUUCUUAACAUAUGGUAAUACAAUCAAUUAAGCUUAUAUCCCUGCCAAGAUGAAAGACCAAAAAAGCCAAGUAUCUUUCUAUGUAGCCAUGGCUGUCCUGGAACUCACUCUGUAGACGAGACUGACCUCGAACUUAGAGAUCUGCCUGCCUCUGCCUACCAAGGGCUGGGACUAAAGACGCACGCCACCACACCCAGUGACUUUUUUUUUUUUAAACUGAGAGUGAAGGUUGUAUUCAGCUGCAUUUUCCACACCUGACUAGGAGCAGCUCAUAAACGCCGCAGGCCAACUUCUCAUGACGAUUUUAGGAGUAGGGAAGCUUUGGGGGGUGGGGAGGGGAUCUAAACUGUAAGACGUCACACUCGCCAGGAUGUUAUGUUCAGACUGUGCCACGGCUCAGCCCCCAUCUUGUGUGGCGUGUCUUGAGGUUGGGACCUCUGUUGGACAGAGGCUGUCCCAUUGAGAGGAAUGUUUACAGCAGUUCUACAAAUAGCAAAGCUCGUCUGGAGACAGAAGCAUACAGAGGAUCCACUUGCUUCCAUCUCUGUGUGACGCAGCCACCUCCUCUCCUGGUUACCUUACAGGCAAAAGGAAGAGUCACGAGGCCAGUAGCCAACCUCAACCGAUGGCAGAGCCACUCGCAUGCUCCCAGGGCCCAAAGGACGUUUUUGUUACUGUUUCCAAAUGCGGCAAAGCAAACCAUAUGAAACGUUCUUUUUUGUAGAUAAAAAUGGUAAGGUGAAGUGAAUUCCUCAUACGUUAGUAAAUGAUUGCUUUGAUGUAUUAACAGCGACUUCCAAAGGGCUCUGUCUGCCCUCAAAUCAGAAAGCAGUUUAUACUUUGGAGAAUCUGAAUCCAAAGUACACUCGAUGGAGCCCUUUUGAUGCUGAGGGGCGUGCAGAACGCACAUCACGGGCAAGGGCUUGAGAGGGAAUGUUUCCCUGUUAACAAGCUAGCAGCAAAACCUUAGGAAAUGCACAUGCAAGCACAACUUGAAAGCGUUCGUUUCUGUAUUAUAUUCUAAACCAACAAAAUGUGCGUCCGGAGAUGAGUCCUUUACUGUAAGGUUAAUAUUUAUUUUCUCUUUUCUGUAUUAUGUAUAAAAAGUAAAUCUCAAAUCCUGCUCGGCUAGCUGCCAAGCUGCCUGCAAGCUGUAGAUACCAUUAAGAUACAGAAAUAAAUCUCGAACCCCCAUGGAGUCUCUGUAAUCUAGCCAGUGUUAACUAAGGUCAUUAUGUUCUUUUUUAAAAUUGACAAGAUCCCAGCUACCCAGUUGUUUGACGCCAUGAAAUUGUUUUCCUUCAUGUUCUGUGGACCCUAACUUGGCUUCCCUUCCUUGACUAGCAAACAGCUUCCCUUCUGAAGUUAGCCAUGAAAGUUUACAUGAGAGCGGCAGCUGUGCAGCUGAGCAAACCAGCUUACUGGAAAACCAAAUUCUAAAGAACUAGCAAGAACCGCAGACGUACGUUUCUCUCAUCCAAAUGGGUAAAGGGGAAAUUGUAUGCAAGCUAUGUGCUAUAGACAGAAAUAGCCCUUUGUAAACAGAGAUAGUCGAAUUUGCCUAUCGCAUAUAUUUUACCUACUAUAGAAUUAUGAAGUGAAAAGCAAAAUGCUGACAGGAGUGAGGGGUUAGAUGGCACCUAGUCAUGACUGUACCUCAUUUUCAAUUGCAAAGCUUUGGAGGGCUAGAGAGUGGUCCAGAGGUUAAGAGCACCAGCUGCUCCUCCAGAAGGCCCAGGUUCGAUUCCCAGCACCAAAGAGACAGCUCACAACCAUUUAUAGUUCCAGUUCCAAGGACUCUGCCCUCUUCUGAGGGCAUACAGUGCACAGAUAUGAAUGCAGACAAAACACCCAUAGAGAGAAAGUUUAAAUUAUAUUGCAUCAAAAUAAAGGAGAUUUAUUAUUAAAAGCAAUAUCAAAACAGCUUUCUGGCAAGUCAGAGUGGCUCAUUCUGGGCCUGGUUUGUUGGCAUGGAUAUGCUGAGAUGCCCAGAGUUUGCCUCACAGAGACAAGGGAAACUAUGUUUGCAUAAAAGCUGCUGCUAUUAGAAUUGUUUCCUUUAAGGUAAGUCCUGUUAAUUAAGGAGUGUAGAAAGCUGAUCCCGAAACAAUGUAUCACAGUUCUUGUCUAAGGAAAACAUACAACUAAAACAGCCAUACUGCCACGUUCCUGAAUUCUUAAGACCUGAGUACAGGAAGGCAAAAUGUGUCAAGUGAAGGCUCCUUUCCCUUUCAGUUCCAAGGAUAAAUACCGUUGGAGCUAAUGGGCACCAUCUUUUCCUGUGAAGUCACAUUUCCAUAACAUCAAGCCAUUGUCUUGUGCCAUUGGGGGGUGGGAAUGGUGGGGCAGGUGACACAGGUCACUGUAUGACCAGAAGCGAUAAGUUUCUAAGGAAAUAUUUGACAUACUUAUUGCUUUAUGUUGUUCUAAGCAGAUGUUUGUUCAAUAAACUGGGUAGGUAUUGUUUACAAUUGUCUUUACAAUUUCCAAACUAAUGUACUGUAUGUUUGUAUAAUUUAUUUGUAUGGUCUGCUCAUGUAAAUUAUCAAGACAAAACAGGGGCUCGUAUCAUCCUAAGGGGUGUUGGUUUUUCCUUAAACACUGAUAUGUGACUUGAACACCAGCUGGACAAAGCCUUCCCAGCUCCCACAUCUCAGUACAGAAUGCAGUUCUGUUCCACUGACUCGAUUCCAAAGCAACCUUCGCACCAUUAGAAGGCAAAGCACAGGGGGUAAAGAGGGACCCUCCUGAAAUACAAUGUUACUUUUUGAAUGAUUUAUCCUGAGAUCUUUGAGGAUGUUAAUACUAUAGAUGGAAACUUCUGCUCCAAAUAAAGUUAAAUUCAAGAAA